UUUUUUCUUCCAGGUGAAAAGGGACGGGAGAUGGCCGGGGGCCUGACUGUGAGCUAGGUCGGUAUGUAUGGGUGUACCGUGACAGCUGUUUACCUUACCGGAGGCACACAGGCUCCCGCGUGGCAUCCUAAAUAGGGCAUUCCUACCAAACAGAAGGCGCGAAGCGAGGGAAGCGCCUUGAGGUUUGUGAGGGGCUGCUGCCCUUCCUUGGCUGCCGCUGCCUCGUCGUCUGCUGUGCCUGACAGCCCUGCCGAGACUUGUGACGCUCAGAUUUCAGUUCAUCUGAACACAUACUGCUCACCUCAUUUUGGCCUCAGAAACCAACACGAGGAACUCCUCAAAUCACUCCACGCGGCUCCACGCUUUUAAUCCCUUUGUUUUGAAAGGAGCUGCCCCCUGUUUGGCGCGACCGAGUUCGUCCAACGAUGCCAACUUGUCCAAGGUCGUCAUAGGCUAAGAGCGUUAGUAUCGACGCCCGUUAUUUUCUUUUUACCCAGCUGGACCGCCCUUUCAUUGUUAUCAUCGACAAUCACUUUUCAUACUUGAAAGGAAGAUUGCCAACAACGGGCUCUUUAUCAUCUCAACUAAGCCGCUUGCCGGAUGCGUAAAGGGAGGACGAGAGGGAGCCGUUGCGUUGAACUCAAACCCGCAUGUAAAAGGUUAUAAAAGUCGUGUCGGUGCUCCCACGAGAUGUGUGGCAUGGCUCAAAAAAAGGACCCGAGUUCUCCUCACCCAUUAAGCAAGCUACGAAGGAUCUUUUCAUCUGUUCACUCAAGCAAAUCACCAUCCCCACCUACCUCAGACCAGAUGGCUUCAGGCGACGAAAAGCCCCGGGCGCCUGUCCCCAGGCCGUAUGAUUUGGUUGAAUCAUUCGACAGAGUGAUUGCAGCGAGGGACAAGCACAAGUCCGCACCCAUCAAGCUGCUCCAACAAGACAACGACACGCCCACGCCCCCGAACGCGAAGGAAUAUUUCCAGCAGCGUGAUGAGGUCAUAAGGCGCGAAAAGGCACUUGGGUUCGACCACCAUUGCACAAGCGAGGCAGAUAGCACGGAGAUGAAGGCAAAUGCGGUGAUCCAAAGACUGAAGGAUCUAGAUGUCGCCGAGGUCUACGAAAAGGAGGCCAGGAUCGAGGGUUAUGCUGGUCAGAAACACAAGCGCGUCCCCGGGGAUCGUUUUCUAGUCAAUGCCCCAGUCAUUGAGAAAACGAGACUCUACCGGGCCAUUCAGAACAUGCCCAAAGGCGCCCACCUUCACAUACACUUUAACGCCAACUUGCUCCCCGAAGUUUUACUCAACAUUGCGAAAAAGCAAGAUUACAUGUACAUCAUGAGCGACAUACCCCUGCUUGACAAGAAGGCCUUUGAGCGAUGCCAUCUAAAGUUCAGCAUUCUCAGCGAUAGUGCCUUCAAGACAACUUGGUUGGGGCAACCAGAUCUCUUCACGCGAGAUAAGUCGGAUGUCAAUGGAGCUAAGGAGGAGGAUGAGUCUGGCCAACCGAAACACAUCAUGCUUUUCAAGGAAUUCUGCAACGGGUUUGCCAAGAAGUACGAGGAGGCCUAUGCAAGCGAUGAGAAAUCUCGACUGAAGAUUGCGCUUGGGAAAGAUCUUGUCGACGAAUACCUGACACGCAAAAUCGUGUUUCAGCCGGAUGAGGCUUACAAUCCACAUCAAACGGCCAAGGGUGCCUGGCAGAGGUUUAAUGCUCAUACACAGAUGAUGAAAGGACUUUUCAAUUACGAGGCAGCUUACAGGGAGUACACGCAAAAGUGCUUGGAGGAGUUUGUGAACGACAACAUCCAAUACGCCGAGAUUCGCCCCAACUUCAUGGAAACCAACCAGGUUUGGCAUGACAAUGGCGAAGGCAGAAUUGACAACGAAGGAAUCAUGGACCUCAUUAUCGGUGUGUAUGAGAAGUUCCAGGAGACUCACAAGCACAGAAUCUUCAAGGGACUCAAGAUCAUCUACUGCACACCACGGUCUUUCAACCCCAGCCAGGUCAAGUUUGCCCUGGACCAGUGCUUAACGAUGAAGCAGAAUGACAAGUAUGCGAAAUAUAUCGCCGGAUUUGAUCUUGUUGGCGAGGAAGGAGCAGGCCAUCCACUCAGUCACUUUAUUGAAGAGUUUCUCGUGUUCAAGGACAAGUGUAGGGACGCAAAGGUCGACAUUCCGUUUUUGUUCCAUUGCGGCGAGACCCUGGAUGUCGGCACGGAGACCGACGGCAACUUGGUGGACGCUCUUCUUUUAGGUUCAAAGCGUAUCGGCCAUGGCUUCGCGUUGGCUUGGCAUCCAUACAUCACGCAGCGAAUGAAGAAGCAAAACGUCUGUAUUGAGGUGUGUCCUAUCUCAAACGAGAUCUUGGGCCUUACCCCUAGAAUUAGUGGGCAUACGGUUUACAGCUUGUUGGCGAACGAUGUGCACUGCACUAUCAGCACCGACAACGGGACUCUUUUCAGGUCUCGCUUAUCUCAUGACUUCUACCAGAUUAUGGUAGGAAAGGCAGAUAUGUCACUUUAUGGGCUACGCCAACUGAUUGAGUGGAGCAUUGACCACUCCUGUAUGGACGACGAGGAGAGGGACCAAACCAGAAGAACAUGGGAGAAGCUGUGGAAGCAAUUCUGUGACCAGCUGGUGCGGGAAUAUCCGGACUUGGUGCCGAAAAGCUUGCACCAGAAGCUCUAGAUUCCAUGCCUUUGGAUUCUUGGCGGCGAGUCAUGACCGAUGUUACGAAGAGAUGGCCUACGAUACAUCCAUGAUUGGGAUUUUAGCGCUUUGUGGCGUUUACUUUUUUUUUUCCUUCAUUAUUUUCUCUCGAGGGAUCCUCAAGGACGAUGGGAUGGACGCUGAGGGGUGGCAGAUUUAGAAGGAAGGGAACUUGAAGGUUUGUGGGCGCAAUGAUUUUACAAGUCAAUCCAGAAGCGGUGAUUUUUUUUUUUCUUAUUUUGAUUCAAGCGAGAUCUUUGUGGUCGUUUGUACACGCUAGAGAGGCGUCUUUGAUAUCCUUUCUUCUUGACCCGUGAUCAAGUUCUUCUACUCCUGGUUAAGAAGCACACUGGACCUUGAUUAGCUUUCAAUUCAUUUCCCUAUAGCUCAUGCUUUGUACCCUACCGCCAUUGCACCCUUCACUUUCUGUUCGCUGCGUAUGUAAAAACUUCCCCA